CAUCAUGCAUCGGAACCCGCCAUUUUCUUCAGUUUGACCCACGCGUCUUCAUCUUAGUCGAUUGAUUCGUUCAGAAUGGCCGACAAGUUGGAUAUGAGUCUUGAUGAUAUCAUCAAGCAGAACAGAAGAGGUGGUAGAGGAGGUAGAGGUGGAAGAGGAGGACGUGGAACUAGUCGUGGUGUUGGACGUGGCAGGGGUGCUGGAGGAGGACAACGCAGAGGAUCGGCUGGUGGUGGUGGUGGUGUGUACAGAGGCGGAGUACAAAGAAAUAGACGACCACCACCUUAUCAAAGGCCCAAAGAGAUCCCAGACGUAUGGCAGCAUGACAUGUUUGAUGGUAGCGGAGGAUACCGCCGUGGUGGUGGAGCAGUAGGUGGUGGCCGUGGUGGACUUACUACUGUAAACAGUGGUCAGGGUAAACUUCUUGUUUCCAACCUGGACUUUGGCGUGAACGACUCAGAUAUUCAGGAGCUGUUUGCAGAGUUUGGACCGCUUAUUAAAGCUGCUGUCCACUAUGACCGAUCAGGCAGAUCAUUAGGCACAGCAGAAGUGAUCUAUCAGAGGAGAACAGAUGCCAUUAAAGCAAUGAAACAGUACAACAAUGUUCCUCUUGAUGGUCGCGCCAUGAAUAUUCAGUUGGUUGGAGCCACGGGAACAGAUGCCCCAGCAAGAAGGCAGAGUGCUGGGGGUUUUACUCCAAGAGGUAACAGUCGAAGAGGUACCCAGUCACGAGGUAGAGGCAAUAGAGCACGAGGAAGUGGUGGCAGAGGCCGCGGUGGUAGAGGAGGCAAACAAGACAAGACGACGCCUACAUUAGAAGAGCUUAAUGCCCAACUUGAUGCAUACAACAGCAAAAUGGAUGUGGAUUGACAGAUGAAGGAUCUAGUGGACUGAACAGUCUAAGCACGAGCUGUAGUGUGAGCGCGCUCUCAUUGCUAAUAUGGCCUCUACUUGACAUGAUUAAACACGUUACAACAUGCCAGGAGGUUUUUAUGGUCAUGUGCUAUUGUAAAUAACUAUUCUGAUGUUAACUCUUCAAAACAAAGCAGUUUUAGAGUGGGGAUUGAGAUGUUACUUUUAAUUUGAAACAAAACUAUGUGCAUCUUGAAAGAUCCUGUAAUUAAAUACUAUCAUCUGUAUGACAAGCAUAUGAGAAACUGCUGGUGUGGUCUGGAUGAGAGCAUGCAUUUGAGAAAAUGUCCCAUGCAAACGAUACAAAUGCCCUGUCUCAGUGCAUUCAUUUUGGGUUUUUUGUUUGGUUUUUUUUUUGGGGGGGGGGGGGGAAUUGUGUCCAAAGAAAUAGUACAGACAUGGGCAAAUAACAGUAUUGAAUGCGGGCCAUAAAUUUGUAUAUGUACCUUGCACAUUCGCAUAAAGGAAUGUAAAACAUCAGUUUUUAUUUAAAUUUUUACUUGUGUUUUUAAGUUUCUGAAAAUUUUUUAAUAGAGUUGUAAGGUCCGUCAUGCAUUAAACAUCAUCUUCUCUGUGUGAA